UCAAAGAAUUUUCUUAGAAGGAUUUUAAGCAAGAGAGCGUGCUUCUCCUGGUUUCCAUCUGCUGCCUUUUAUGGUAAAACUGUUGAGGGGGAUUUGGUGUGGUAGUGAAGCCCUGGCCGGACGUGGGCUCACACACUCACAACGGGAUAGCAGGGGGCUGAGAAGCAGGGAGACAGCGUGCGCAGGACACUAGGGACCCCUGAGGCAGUGGCACAGAGUGAGGCGGCACGCAGCAUCACAGGGCUCAUGGGAACAAUACGCAGAGAGGGUUAACAGGUCCAGGACUCUGACAGCUGCGAUUGAAAGGCUGAAGUAAAGAUGACUGAGCGAUAUGACUGCCACUACUGUAAGGAGUCUCUGUUUGGGAAGAAGUAUGUUCUUCGUGAGGAAAACCCAUACUGUGUGAAGUGCUAUGAGAGCCUGUACUCCAAUACCUGUGAGGAGUGCAAGAAACCCAUCGGCUGCAACAGCAGGGAUCUGUCCUACAAGGACCGUCACUGGCAUGAGGACUGUUUCCACUGCUUCCAGUGCAAGCGCUCACUGGUAGACAAGCCCUUCUCCACUAAAGAUGAGCAGCUGCUGUGCACCGAGUGCUAUUCUAAUGAGUACUCCUCCAAAUGCCAUGAAUGCAAGAAGACCAUUAUGCCUGGCUCCAGGAAGAUGGAGCAUAAAGGAAACAGCUGGCAUGAGACCUGCUUUACCUGCCAGCGCUGCCAGCAGCCAAUUGGCACCAAGAGCUUCAUCCCCAAAGACAACCAUAACUAUUGCGUGCCCUGCUAUGAAAAGCAGUUUGCCAUGCAAUGUGUUCACUGCAAGAAGCCCAUCACCACUGGCGGUGUGACGUACCAUGACCAGCCCUGGCAUAAGGACUGUUUCCUGUGCACUGGCUGUAAGCAGCAGCUGUCUGGCCAGCGCUUCACCUCUCGUGAUGACUUUGCCUACUGCCUCAACUGCUUCUGCAACUUGUAUGCCAAGAAAUGUGCCUCCUGCACCACCCCCAUCAGUGGACUUGGAGGAAGCAAGUACAUCUCCUUUGAGGAACGCCAGUGGCACAACGACUGUUUCAACUGCAAGAAGUGCUCUGUGUCUCUGGUGGGCAGAGGUUUCCUCACCGAGAGAGAUGACAUCCUAUGUCCCGAGUGUGGCAAAGACAUCUGAAAGCAUGGCUGGAAAAAAAUCAAGCAUGCACAAUGCUUAAAAUGUUUAAAACCAAAGCAUUGGAAAAGCAUGAAACAGUGUGCACAAUGAAUAUAUUUAGGUACUAUAAGAUUAUAAUAGUUUAUGAGUAGCAAGAGGCAGAUUUUGUUUAUUUCAAGAGAGUUAUUUGAGCUUGCUUUAACUUGAAGACUGAAGAAAGAAUUGGUUCUAGAGAUUAAGCUGUAAAUGAAAAUACACAUCAUUAUCUCUUUUCAAUGUCUGACUGGCUUUCGGAUGUGUUGCGUAACCCAUGUCUUAACUUGCAAAAAAUGAUGUUGGCCUGUUUAUGCAUCUAACAGUUAUACAUGAAAUCUAAACAGUAAUGCAAAACCAAUAAAGCUUACUACAAAAAAAUAAAAAAUAUAUAUAAAAAGA